GAAAACGGUGGAGAUGAGAGCUGGUACUCCUUCUCGCACACCUUUGCGAUGGCAAGAGCUGUUUCCUAUGAGGAGAUCGCUAAAUUUGUUGCCAUGACUGCGCUGGACUACCCUUACUUCACGUGGGAUGAAGCGGGCUCAUAUCAGCGCUGUGCCGAAGGCCUGAACAUCAAGGAAUGCCACUGCAGGAUAUUUGCAGACCGCCUACUGGAGCAGUUCCUGGCGCCGGAUGAAGUGGAGAGGCUUCCCAAGGAUAUGGAUUGCUCCCAGCGACUGCCUCGCUCAGCGGCGCGGGUUGUGUCCGCGAGGGAGCCGGGCGGCUGUCUCCCUUGCUGUUGGCUGAGCAGUCUCCUUUCCCAGGGCUGGAGCAGAUCGCCAUGA